ACCACGACGCAGGGCACUUUCUUAGCCUCUUAUUUCCAUUUAAAUGGCUCAAUCUGGCCAGGUUUAAUCUGCAUUCUGUAUUUUGCAUGAAUGCUGUCCUUUUGAGGAAGUUUUCGCAGCUUGAGCUCUAUGGUUUGCACGUUAAGUUGGCACACGUAUUGCAAAAAGAGAAAGUUAUUACUAAAGCUCCCUGCUUUUCCACUGGAGAGAGAGAGAAGAGAGAAGAGUGAAGAACGAAGAUCAAAGAGCGAAAAGCGAUCAAGAGCGAAAAGCAAAGGGUAACCGUCAAUGAAUUAGAAUCAAUAUAUAGCUCUUUAAGGCGAAUCUGAACACACUUGCACGGAAUGCGCAUGAGUUCAUUAAUCGUAGAAAUGUGGGAGAACAGGACUCUUAUUACAAUAAUUACUGUGUUGUUACUUUCUUUUCAAGGCUCUAACUCUGCUGUCUCAUCCGUUCAUCUGCCGCAAGCACCCGGAAAUGGAAAGUCAGAUCAAGAAACAUUUUCUCUUUAGCGUCGAACUUCUUGUUAGAUUGUAGCAAGCUGCUGUCGUUAUUUUUUCCUGUGUAGAGUCUUAUAAACAAUGAAACUGGCGCUCUUCAAGAGAUGGCCGGACUCGCCACUCAUCUUCAUUAUCACGAACCUUCCAACUACGUCUUGGUCAGUUUUCUGCAACGCGGGCUCUUUCAUGAUCUUUGUCAACCAGGAUUAAAAGGCAAAUUUUCGAAAGACGUCAUGAGGAAAAUGGUUCUUGUUCUGAGCCACUUGUUUGGUAGAAGAUUCCUUCACGCAUCUUUCAAGCGAAGACUUCACUUGUGCCCGACGUCAAAAGUAAUUUUGGAAGAUCUUCCUGAUGAAUUUGCCGAAGCACUUCAAGCUUAUAACCGUCAGGUUACGGAUGUCUUCAGCCAGUACCUCAAAACUGUGGCCGCCGAACUUGAAGAGGAACGGGGAGAGGAAAAUAAACUCCCUUUAUCAGGCAUAGAAUUUCCAGAUCAGGCAAGCUCUACCGACCUUGUCGAAAACGAAACCAUCAAAAGCCUUGCACGCUCUUCCAUUGUUUACUCUGCUUGUUCGUCAUUUACUGCACUAUCAGGGAAUUCAGACUUACAUUUUCAUUCCACUGGCCAAAAAGCAGCUGUUCACUUGGAAAAGAAAGCAAGCAGCGUUGGUGGAGGAAGUGAAGAAAGUGAACACAAAUCUGAGAGUGACGAAGAAGAUGAGAAAGAGCAUCGUGAGCCAAUUGAACACUUGUUGAAGAUUAUUCGUCAAGAUGUCUACACAGAUAUGAACGUCGUUCCCAUUCUUCCUCUGAAGAAAUACAACUCGACCGGACGUGUUCAACAUCUGAAUGCUUAUGCACUGGAUUUCUUCAAACACGGAUCCCAGAAAGUUAUCGAGAAAGAGAAUGGAAUCAAGGCCGGCGAGGUUUUCUCGUUGCUGAAGGACUUCUAUCUGACCAUUAAAUCAAUCAGUUGCUCUUUGGAAGAACUGGGACCCGAAACUGACAAUGUUGUGCUCGCUUUUAAGCAGUUGGCCCGGGAGUUUGGAGAGAAGUUUAACAAUCAGUUUGAUAGCGACAUAUGAGAACAAAUUUCAGAAAGUUUUUUUCUGCUUAUAAGCUGUCAAAAUCUUCAGUUAAAAAUUCUUUCUAGCGAGGAAACUUAAACUUACGAUUAUUGUCAGAAGUUUUAAAGAAAAACUUGAUUUCGUUAAUUCUUUUGUUUUCAAAACAAGUUCAGUGAACCGAUCGGAUUGAAGUUAAUAUAUAUCUAAAAAACUAAAUGACUAAAUCUAUCUAAAUGAAAUAAAAGUUAAAGUUAUUGAAAGUUAAAGUUUUAAGUUAAAGAAAGUGUAUUUGCAAAGUCUCUUAGGGUGCGCGAUUCUCGUUAAGUAAUUCAUGUUCUGUUUUCACGGACAUGUUUGGGAAUUUAUCUUGACCUUAGACUACGAGUAGUCCCUCUUUUGCUUGUCUCGCUCAACGGGCUGAGCGAGAGAAGGAUUACUUGUAGUCUAUCUUGACCUGGGCUAUAGUCCAACAUAAACAGUUAGUAAUGAAUGAGUCAACAUUCAUCGUGUUCAUGGCCAGUUCGAUAUCUGAUUGGCUACCUCGCUGUUGACUAUCCGUUGAUAUAUAUCAUGAUCGCGCCGGCGUUGUCUUUGAAGAGAAAAAAAAAGAGAGAGAGAGACCAACUAACAAGCUUGAUAUGGUGCUGAAGAGUACCAUAGAGGUACGAUUAGAUAUUAACCGUACCUAACUGCGGCCAAAUAUCCGGCGAUAUCAGAGCGACUUGACAUGUAAUGGUACCAGGACUGAGUAGAGUCCAGUUUGGUCUGUAAUCAUGCAAAUGAUUAACCAAACUAGAGAACUGCGUAUAGCAACCUGUUAAAUCGCGAUUGCGAGUACGAGUUGGACAUUUCGACAACACCAAGACAGACAGAGUUGGACAACACCAAGUCUGUUACCAACGUAUCGUGAAAAAAUCAAAGAAAAAAUUAAGUUUGACCAAACGAAGCCUGUCUACGAUUUGUCAUCUCAUCUGAAAGGUUUGGGGAUAUGAAUAGGUCAGUUACAAGGACGGAGCAAACAAAGCGCGCUCGCCACGACCGAGUUAUUACUUGUCCAUUUAAUAGAAAGUUGGAGACAAGCUGUUGACAAUAAUUUAGUGGUUGCUACCGCUUUUAUUGAUUUUCGAAAAGCCUUCGACCGCGUCUCUCAUCGCACCCUGUUACAUAAAUUGAAAAUCAAAUUUGGAAUCGAGGGCAACCUUCUCUCUUGGCUUACAGAUUAUCUGCACCACCGGACACAGGUUACGGUUGUGAACUUCACUCAGUCAGAGGAGCUAAAUGUGACGUGCGGCAUCCCACAAGGAUCGGUACUACGCCCGUGUUUGUUUAGUUUAUACACCAAUGACAUGCCAGAGGCUGUGACAUCAGGCAAUCUCUACCUGCAUGCUGACGAUACUACAGUGUACUGUAUCGGAUCCACCGUUGAUGAAGUUUGUAACCUACUAAAUAACGCACUGAAUGAGCUUAACAAAUGGUGCAUGACUAACUCGUUAACACCGCACUCUUCAAAAUGUGAAGUGAUGUUGUUCCACCGCCGGGGGAACCUUUACCGGUCUACUCCCUUUGAUGACCACCGGAAUUGUCAACGUUGCAUGGGUCUGUCACACAAGGCUGCUGGGCAUUACUAUCGACAGAAAACUUACUUGGGCGAAUCACCUUAAGGAAUUGAGGAACAACUUUGUCAAUAAAUUGAACUUACUGAAAAAGUGCUCUUUUCUUAAGAGAAAAUCACUUCUUGACCUAUACUUUAAGAUGAUUCUUCCUUCAGUGACAUACGGCAUCCCUAUCUGGGGGAACUGUGACAACCUGGAUUACAUUAAAUCCCUGCAAGCACUGCACUGUCGUGUUGGAAGGCUAAUUUUUAAUUUGCCACGAGACACACCAUCAGUACAAGUUAUGGAACUCUUACAUUGGGACUCGAUUAAUGACGUGUAUAAGCGAAGACUUGUCAAACUAAUCCACAACAUAGCUAGCGAUAAUAUGCCCGCAAUGAUUUCAGAUUCAGUUGUAUGGCGUAAUAGUCCGUAUAACUUAAGAGGACAUAAUAAGGCCGUCGUUCCACGAUUUUUCAUUUAUUUCAUGAAAAAUUCUGUUUCUUACAGAGGAGCUGUACUGUGGAACUGUGUUUCAGAGUAAUUUUAAACAAUUGUAUUCAAAGGUAAAAUGUAGUCCGAUAUUUAGGGAAAUCAGAUUUGCGAUAAAGUAAGUUAAUUUCUUAUAUUUUAUUCAUUUAUGGUAAUGAAAGGUAAUUAGAUAAUUAGAUAAUUAAUUAGUUACACGACCCCUUAAGCAUGCAGUGCUUAAACGAUAAUCGUGUUUUAAAUAAAGGACUUUACUUACUUUGCUUUACUUACGCGAAUUUUAUUAUUAAAAAUAUCGUUAUAUAUUGGACGCUUUGUCAUUGGACAACUGAGCUGUACAUGAUCCAAUUGUUGAUAA